UGAUCUGAUGAAAAGGUAGUGUUGAGUUUUAAGAAACGGCAAGUGUUGAGUUUUACUUUUCUGUAGAAGAUUUUUGUUUUACUGUUUAUUUGUGAGAUUACUUUUAUCUAUAAAUAAACCUCUUUAAUCUCUUCAUCAACAAUGACUUGUCUGCAAUCACAAGAAUGUCGAAAAAGCAACGUUGCUUGAUGAUGGGAUCCCUGCCCCACGAUGUCGUAGAGCGCAUCCUAGAGAGACUGGCUGUGGAUCCUCUGCUGAGAUUCAAGGCUGUAUCGAAACAAUGGAAAUCAACUAUCGAAUCUCCAUUCUUCCAGCGUAGACAGUUCCAACAGCGUCAGCAAUCAGGUAAUCCAGAUGUUCUCUUGGUCUCCCUAUGUCGUUAUGAUGUUAUUAAUCUCGAUAUAGAAGCUCUUGCUACAUUGGUGUUGGGUUCAUCAUCAUCUGUCAAGAUCCCUACUCCUUGGGAGGAGAAGGAGGAGGACACUGAAUACUUAGUUUCCCGUGAUAGCUGUGACGGUCUCGUUUGUCUCUUUAAUAUCAGGAAAUCCGGUUUUGUGGUCAAUCCCACCACUAGAUGGUAUCACCCUCUUCCUCCCUGCCAAUUACAACAAGUCAUUACUGGCUUAGGGGACAGUUUCUACGAUCUUGGAUACAGACUCUCUAAGCUUGGAUUCGGUAAAGACAAACUCACAGGCACAUACAAGCCCGUUUGGUUAUACAACUCUUUAGAAAUUGGCCUAGAAAACGCUACUACAUGCGAGGUUUUCGACUUUAGCACCAACGCUUGGAGGUAUGUUUCUCCCGCUGCUCCUUAUCGGAUUGUUGGUUGCCCCUCACCUGUCUGCGUAGAUGGGUCGCUUCAUUGGUUCACCGAGUGCGAGGAAACCAAAAUUCUAUCGUUUGAUCUUCACACCGAAACUUUUCAAGUCGUUUCUAAAGCUCCAUUUGCCAAUGUUGAUGGAUUCCACCUCGACAACCGCUUGUGCGUUUCCGAGAUGAAGCGGCCCAAGCAAGUGAUAUGGUCAUUCAAUUCAGGUAACAAGACAUGGCACAAAAUGUGUUCCAUUGAUCUGGAUAUAACUUCUCAUUGGUUUGGUCGUCACCUAUGCGCGGUCAUGCCACUAGCACUUUUGGAUGGGAAGAAGAAGAAGUUGUUGUUUUAUUGUCGUGAGCGAAGUCGAACAUUGAUGGUACAUGAUCACGAAACCAAAUCAUAUGAUGUUGCUUUCGAGGCUGACUCCGUCGGUUAUCCUGUUUGUUAUUUCCCGAGUUUAAUAUCUAUUUCAUAAAAGCUUCUUUCAUCAACCGUUUGUUUGUCCAAGUUUGCAACUCUUAAAGCUAUGAUUAUGUUCCAGACUCUGACUCUUGUUUUAUGUAAGAAGGGCUUGUUUCAACAUGUACAAUUUUGGUCGUGCUUUUUAUGCACCUGAAAGAUGCAUGACUUUGUUCUGUAAUUCAA